GUGUGUGUGUGUAGGAUGGCGGUCCACGCCGAGGGGAUCGUGGCUAUAGUGAUCUUCUACUUGCUGAUUCUGGGCGUGGGGAUAUGGGCCGCGUGGAAGAACAAGAACUCAGGGGUUUCGGAGGGCCAGGACCGCAGUGAAACCAUCAUGGUGGGCGGGAGGGACAUUGGGUUGUUUGUCGGUGGAUUCACUAUGACCGCUACAUGGGUGGGCGGCGGCUACAUCAACGGGACCGCGGAGUAUGUCUACCUGCCUGACUUCGGCCUGGCCUGGGCACAGGCUCCCUUCGGAUACGCCCUCAGUCUGGUAGUAGGUGGCCUGUUCUUCGCCAAGCCCAUGCGCUCCCGGGGAUACGUCACCAUGCUGGACCCGUUCCAGCAGAUAUACGGGAAGCGUAUGGGGGGGCUGCUCUUCAUUCCGGCGCUUAUGGGGGAGAUUUUCUGGUCCGCUGCCAUCUUGUCAGCGCUGGGGGCUACUCUGAGUGUGAUCGUGGACAUUGACAUCAACAUGUCAGUGGUGAUCUCAGCCCUAAUAGCUAUCUUCUACACCCUGGUGGGAGGGCUGUAUUCUGUAGCCUACACUGACGUGGUCCAACUCUUCUGUAUCUUCCUGGGACUGUGGGUCAGUGUGCCAUUUGCUCUGUCCAACCCAGCCGUGUCAAGCAUCAGUGUGACAGCUAAGGAGGCUGUGUACCAGACACCCUGGCUGGGUAAGAUAGACUCAGCAGACACCUGGAUGUGGAUCGACAACUUCUGUCUUCUGAUGUUGGGGGGGAUUCCGUGGCAGGUGUAUUUUCAACGGGUUCUCUCUGCCUCUUCAGCUACCUACGCCCAGGUACUGUCCUUUAUCGCUGCCGCAGGCUGCCUGGUCAUGGCUGUCCCCUCCGUUCUCAUAGGAGCUAUAGGAGCCUCCACAGACUGGAACCAGACUACAUAUGGGGCAAUUCCUCCCAAAGAGAAAGACCAAUCAGAUAUGAUCCUGCCCAUCGUGCUGCAGCACCUGUGCCCACCCUGGAUCUCCUUCUUUGGUCUGGGAGCAGUGUCUGCCGCUGUGAUGUCAUCAGCUGACUCCUCCAUUCUAUCGGCCAGUUCCAUGUUCGCCAGAAACAUCUACCAGCUGGCCUUCAGACAGUCUGCGACAGACCGUGAGAUUGUGUGGGUGAUGCGUAUCACCAUCUUUGUGUUCGGCGCUCUUGCCACCGCCAUGGCGUUGCUAACGGGGACCGUGUAUGGCCUGUGGUACCUGAGCUCCGACCUGGUGUAUGUUAUCAUCUUCCCCCAGCUGCUCAGCGUGCUCUUCAUCAAGGGAACCAACACUUACGGUUCGGUGGCCGGCUAUGUCUUCGGUCUGCUGCUGCGUAUCGGGGGAGGGGAACCCUACCUCAAACUACCCCCCUUUAUCUACUACCCCGGCUGGGUGCAACAGGAGAAGAUCCACCACCUGACUGGAGACGUGGAGUACUUCAUCCAGCAGCGCUUCCCCUUUAAAACGGUCUCCAUGCUGGCCUCCUUCCUGGGUAACGUGGCCUUCUCCUACCUGCUCAAGUACCUGUUUGAGUCUGGGACUCUGUCUCAUAAGUAUGACUUCAUGGAUGCUGUGGUGUCCAAACAUAGUAAGGAGAUCAUGGACAAGACCACGCUGGUUAGUAGUGACAACAUCAUCCUGUCGGAGAUGGCACCAGUCAAAACGCACCUCAGCAACUCACUGGCGGGGACAUUUACGAACACAGAGGCUCUCAGUGACGAUGAGGAGUCCAGCCCUGAGUCCUUAAACAACCACCAUGAGUAGAAACCAGGAAGUAGAGACCAGGACCAGGACCAAGACCCAGAGCCAGACCUGGACACAAAACCAAGUAGAGCCAAGGUCAGGGAUGGCCAGCCCUCCUGGAGAGAUACCAUCCUGCAGAUCUUUGCUCCUGCUCUAACAUACCUGAUGCUAUUAAUCAGCUGCUCAACAGGAUAUUGAACAGCUUAACCAGGUGUGCUAUAGUAGGGCUGGAGAAAAAGCCUGCAUACACAAUAGCUCUCCAACAUAAGGGUUAGCCAGCCCUGAUAUGGAGCCUUUAACUGAGACUCAGAGAAGGUCUGUCUAGCAUCCAACCCCCUUGUGUUCUCAUCAUAUCAACCACUGACUGACUCUCUAAAUCAAACACCACCGCCAUUUUAGUUUUCUGUUUUCAUUGCCUGGUCAUUGCUGUCCCCUCCGUCCUCAUAGGAGCUAUAGGAGGCUCCACAAGUACACACACACACGCACACACGCACACAUGCACACACACACACACACACACACACACACACACACACACACACACACACACACACACACACACACACACACACACACACACACACACACACACACACACACACACACACUUCCUCAUUGAGUUAAUUAAACAUUACAAGACGUUUUGUUCAAAUAUCCAUGAAUGCCCACAUUGUUUACAAAAGGAAAGUAUGAUAAAAAAAACACAUCAUUCUC